AUGACGGGGCUUCUGUCCACCGAAACUGAGAGAAGGGAUAAAAGGCUGACGUUUUCAGCUGAAAUUAUUGCAACUGAUUCAGAAAUAAGCGCCCUGUCGGUGCAGUCGGGUCCUGUCGCCACGCGCCUGUCGGCUCUAACGGCCCGGUAAGAGCUGGGGAAAGAAGUGCGCACAGGCAACUACUGCACCGCAGACCGUUUCCAGCUUUCUGAACGAUGCUAUGCCAGCGCUGCCACUCUGUGGAAAGAGGGGGGAGGCGGGAGAGAGAGAGGGGAGGGGGGAGCAGCCCGAGAGAGCGAGCGAGGGAGAGAGGGAGAGAGAGAGAGAGAGAGAGAGAGAGAGAGGUCCUGCCAUUUCUGUUUAAUCUGGCUCAUCGUUGUUAUUUUUAGACAUUUUGCAGAAUAAAAAUACCGUCUAACAGGUUUUCAUUUCGUGAAUCUACUUUUAUCAGUAUCUGUCAUUUUCUUUGAGCGCCAGUCCAAGUGCGCACACGUGGUUUGUGCCGUAUCUUACAGUACGCCAAAGUGGUCUGUUUCCCUCAUUGAAAGAAUGCGCUUUACGAGUCCGGACGGCUUGGUCUCCACCAGCCAGGUGUCACAGGCGAACAGUGGGCCCCCUUUCGACCCCCAUGUACCCGCCCACCGAUACAGGUCAAUACUGUGUACACUUCUCUUUAACGCACUCCGCUCUGCUGAGUGCAUACAUGCGCCUUAUCACUCCUCAAGGUAUAAUUACGCACAAGUCAGUACCUGCCCAGGUUACCUGUCACCUGCUCAAUGCCUUCAUUAUCCAAGUUUCUUUACGUGAGUUGGAAAAGUCCCUGAGUCAUUUCAGCACAUGGUUCUCACUAGUGUUGUCAUAUAAAUACAAUAAGUCAAGGUUUUUAUGUUUUCAUUAACUGACUCUAAUGUUUCCCUAUAGUAGUGCUGUUUAUCUUAUUGGAUUUGUUUGGUUAAAUACAUCUUCAUAUAUCUCUAGGGGAAAGUAUUCUGUUUAUAUAGCAGGCUUCAAUUUGUACAUGCUUUUCCCGUUUAUUCAUUACUUCUAAUGGGAUCACUGACUCUCAUUUCCAAGCUCAAGGCUCAGGAAGCCUCUUUUCAUGGCCAAUGGCAGUAAUAUAUCCAUAACAAAGAGGAGCGAGUUCACCAAGUUCAGGCUGUUUCCAACCCAGGGCUAUCUUCCUAUUGGACAGCUGUCAUCUCACAAGCACCAAAUACCCCAAAACUAUUAGAAAUCUUCAGUGUGGGCUGAGUCGCUGUAAACACAAACAGCCAACUUUGUCACCCUGGCUUUGCCUGGGAGUUUUCCCACCAGGCCACUAAUAAAGUUUCUCAAAGACGCCAGGGAGACUCACUGUGAGUGAGUGGGCGAGGUUAAGGAACUUUAAGUCAUGUAACCUGCUGCGCAUAAUGAAGCAGCUUUAUACUCUUCUCUGUUUCCAGCAUGUUCUCUUCAACCUAUUUGUUGAUGCUGCAAAUAAGUCAAUUUUUUAACAAUUUGAUAUGAAGGCGAAAAAUGUCAUCCCUCUUACUGCCUACCAUCUUGGAGAUACUGAAGACACAAUAUUCAGUAUAAUCAGUGUGUUAACCUGCACAGUUAAAUCAAGCUGCAUUCAUAGCUUGAUUAGAUCGUUUAACUGUACCUCUGUCCUUGUUCCAGUUUACAAGCACAAGACAGGAGUCAAAUUGACAAAGACAUGUCUACCUCCAACGAGGCAGGUGGCGACAUCCUGCCAUUCAGCUUCUGCCAUCAGGACAUCUCACAGUAUAUGUUUUAUGCACAGAUAUAAAUAGGAGACUAGAUACGCCAGUGCGCCUUGGCAGCCCGCUUAGCUACGUGCUAUACAUGACAGCCAUCUUGGGCUGGGCGACGUUUCUAUUAAAAGGCAUCGGAUGUACAUGGAAAACAAAUCAUGACUUACUCAUUUCUCAAGUGAUUUUCAUCCGGUUUACUUUGUUUCCAACAUCAAAACAUGUGCUAUUAGUGCAGAACAUUUGAUUAAACAUUUUUUUAAAAUCAAAUGUUCUGUAUUAAUACCACGUCUUGGCACUGACAAUAAAGCAAACUUUAUGAAAACCAGUUAAAAAAUGAGCAAGUUAUGAUUUAUUUUCAUUGUACAUGCAUUGCCUUUAAUAAGAAUGAUGCCCCCCCGCCAAGAUGGCUGCCACGUCUGCACGAAGCUCACAAAGGGCAUGUUGUAUCUAUUAUUCAUAUCUAUGGUUUUAUAAGUUAAAACAGUUGGCAAAACAUGCUAGCAAAAAGUUAACGGCAUGCAGCCCUUACUUUUACAGCUCUGUACUGUUUGUUUUUAGGAUAGAAAAGUUUAGUCUUUUUUCCUCCCUUUCUUUGUCUGCUAAGCAUGGUUCUGCUAGCAAGCACCAUUUGCAGCUGCCUGGACAGCUUCCCUGUUGACAUUGCAGAGACUAAUAAAAGUUACUGAUGUAACAGAGAGAGAUUGACCAAUGGGAGCUGUCUGGGACAUAUGGCUCCCAUUGGUCAAUAUUUCUGCAGGCCUGCACCUGCUCGGGUGAACAGAUUUUUUCGUUUCUUUUUUCUCUUCACUUUGUGGAGAUCGCAAUUAUAGGACCAUGAUCGCCAUAUUAACGAGGUUCAUAACGAUUACCAAUCUCUCCAAUCGUCAACCAUGCCUUUAAGGUUUUAUUUAAUACCAUGCUUCUUAGCAAUGCAUUCAUGCUAUGUAACUUCCAGCUGGUGUGCAAACACUCGACGAGUUUUAGUCCGAUUGAGCUGUAUACAAGUGGAAAUUUAUCUCCAACUGCAUUAUCCAGGUAUGUUCGUCUGACUAUGAGAAUUUUGAUUGAGUGCGGUUUCAUUCUGAUUAAUGUGUUUACAUGUUUUUUUAAAAGUCCAGUCCCAAUCAGACUAAGGUAAUGAACCAAUUUAACAUGUAAACAUACUGACUGUGAUUUCAGCAGAGUAAUUUUGCCUCUUGAGACACCUCCACCCACAACAACCAUUAUCUGCCUGGUUUAAACUUCACAUUAAUAAGGGUGUUUGUGAAUCAGCAACUUCAGAUAACUUUGAGGGUGGACUUUCCUGUAAUUUUCAGAUCAUUUUUAGAAGAGUGUGAACCAUGUGAAAAGGGCGAAUGAAGCACCGACAGAUUGUAAAGGUCUUUAAGCUAUAAAGAAAUGAGCUCGUUGAUGAUUUUGGAAAUAGCACCAGUUCCAAAUGCUCAUGUGUGGGAAAGUGCAGGGUCAAAAAUUCAGGCAAAUACAGAAAAGAACUGAUGUUAUAUGCCUACAAGGACAUUAAAAACCCACUAAGGAUGCAGCUGGUGUAAUUUGACUCUUUGAUUGUAUCCUGUAGAAGGGUGUUAGAGUAACAAGAGAGACCACACUCUCACUUUAAAUAAUGUCUUUUUAGUCAUCCCAGUGUGUGAAAUUAAAUCAGACAGCGUUUGCUGGUGUCACUCCUGUGGGAAAUGCUUUUUAAAGACUGUUUGCGGAAGAAGAUGCCACCGCACAUUAUCGCUGUGACACAUGGAAAAACUGCAGUGCUGCCUGAAAUAACUCGAGACAAACACAAGUGAGGAGCAACAGAAGGAGACAGAGAAAAGACAGAGAGAAUGAGAGCGCCACACGGUAAGAGGAGUCAUUUCCUGCCUCAGAAUCAAUCUAUUUAUGAUUGCAGACAUUGUUUAUGAAUACAACAGGAAAUGUUGCUCUAUAAUUAGUAGGUUCCUUACGAGUGGAUGAGUCAAAACAAAGAGGACAGCAGAUCACGUAUCACUAACUGACAAAUAGCUACGGUUGUGUGCCAUUAUUUGCAGCUCUGUAAUGAGAAGGCAUGAAUUACACCUUUGCUUGACAACCUCUCACAAUCUGCAGCCUGUGCGUGUUAUCAGACAAAUUUGGCACAACACUUUCACUCAGUGAAAGUAAGUGAAAGUUGUGUAAUUGUGCCGUACAGCAGACAGAAAACACUGUUUGUGUUAUGAACAUUAAAGAGGCUUUGCUUCUUUUGAUGCUGGAGGCAAAGUUGAGAACAUGUGGCGGGAGGUUAAUGAGUCUGGUGGCCUCAAAGAGUAUAUGUGAUAAUAUGUCUGUCUGUAUCAUAUAUGGACUUGUGUAAGCAUGACCUUUAUCCAUGUGUCUGAGCACAUUUCUUCCGUGUGUGUGCAAUGCCAGUUUAUGUGUCUGACUGCGUCCCACAUGUGGCCGUAGGUCGGUAGCGCUGUUAAAGAAACUGAUUGGCCCUCUGCUGUCUGUCUGGUGAGGGGAUCGUGUAAUUAACGCUCUGUAAAGCCACGGAGCAGCCACGUUUUCUUCAGGCUACCUCCCAUUGAAGUUUUAUUGGCUUUGACCAUGAAAGGCCUUCUAAUGAGGAGCAGGAUGCCGGGGGGAAGUUUGGGAGACCGGGGCGAGAAUCAGAGGGGAGGCAGAGUGGUAGCAAAGAGAGGGGGAGUCUGGGGUGACGGAGCGAACAAACUAAGCAACUGUCAGUAAAGUGUAAUUAUGUGGGGAGUGUUUUUCAGGGCGUGAUGAGUUUUUCUAGUGAAAAUUACAUUGCUUUUAGACAUGAAUACUAUAUAUGUUUUACCACUCACACUUAGCGGGACAUCUCUAUAGAGAGAGUGCAUGGUGAGGAGCUUCCCCACUCUUCCUCUAAAUACAUUCAGUGACAGUGACUCAACGAAGCCAGGAAUAGCUCUGACAGAAUGACUGCUCUUCCCAUGCCGGCUUGGUCAGUAAAGCAUAGCUCACUGUGCAAUGUGUUCCCCUGAUGCUGACUACAGUAAUGAUACAACUGUGAUCUUCGCUUGUCUAUAAGCCUGUACCAUGAGCUUCGGCUGACUUUCUGGUGUUAAAACCACAAUAGAACCUAGAUGCUUCAGAGCAUCAAAACAGUCACAGCCGUAUCCUCCAUUGAUUUUUGAAGAGGGGUUGUGAGGCUAAAAGAUGUCAGUCAUCAUUCUGGAGAAGUGAUGAGGAAAUGAAAGAAAGUCUGAAACUAGCAAGGAGAUGGAGUUCAGGUCAUAGUCUAGCUCACCUGUUAAUGUCUAUACAAACAGUAUGCAUUACUCUUAGUCUAGACAUAAUCUGAAUAGAUUAAGACAAAGCAUAUGGACAGAUUUGCAUAAUUGGGGGUGUGGCUGUAUGCCAGGAAGCUAAAUGUCCACCUUAGCUCCACUGUUUAGUCUGUUUCUAGGUCUAUCAAAGUCAGGUUGAGCCAGCAUUUCCUUAUAUGGAGCCCCCCAUAUACCAAGGAUGACAUCAUCAAGACUACCUGUAUGCUGCAUAUUAUUACAAGUAUAGCACAAUAUCAGCUUAGUAUCAGCAGAGAAAUUAAAUAUCCCAUUGGUGGAAACAACCAUUUUUGGGAAUAUAUAAUCGGCCGUAACGAUUACUAGCAAAAAAAAGAGGUUUGUUAAAUAAUAAUAAUAAUGCAUCCGAUUUUAUAGCGCUUUAUCAGAGACCCUCAAAGCGCUUUCAGUGAAACACUGAAACAUCAUUCAUAUGCUCACACAGUCACACCCUGGUGGUGGUAAACUACCUUAGUAGUCACAGGUGUCCUGGGGCAGACUGAAGGAAAUGUGGCUGCCAGUUUGAGCCUACGGCCUCUCCGACCACCACCACACAACACUCACAUUCAUACACCAGUGGAGGACACACACUGGGAGCAAGGUGGGUUAAGUGUCUUGCCCAAGGACACAAUGGACAGACUAGGGAUAGGGGGGGAAUCGAACCACUAACCUUCCAGUUAUUGGACCACCACUCUACCACCUGAGCUACUAUUGCCCCAUGAAAAAUAUGUGCAUGUAGCAACAGUUUACAUGAGUAAACGUGUGAAUGGAAUGCUUCCCAUACGUGACUGCAAGGAGUGUGUUAUAAAGUGUGGAGAAGAGACAGCAGACACAUCGUUGAAAGUCUAUAUGUAAAAAAAGAGACAAGAAUCAUAUGUUUACAUGUUGUAUUUCUAAUUCUAAAUAGACUGUCACAAUAAGAGUAACAUGUCAAUUCUAUUAUAGGAGAGACAUGGUGUUCCUGACAGUAAAAAGGAAAGGUGGGUAUGCAUAUCCUUAUUAAUAAUGGUAUCGACCAUAAUGAGUUUGAAAAUAUCAGAGAAUCAGACAGUGGCAAAAUACAAUAUCCUACACCCUAAGGCACAUAAAAAAAUGAUAAUACCUGGUGCAACACUGGGUUCAUAUAAAAGCAUAUAAAUCAGUAAAGUAAAUAUAUUUCCUUUUUCACUAAAUGUUCACCUGUACAAUAUUAAUCUGUUUAACAUAUUCAUCAAGUUUGUAAAAGAAGAUAAAAAAAGCAAGUUCAUAAUCACAUGAAGUUGCUACCGAGGCGACAGGAGAUGCAUGAAAAGACACGUUAUCAACCAAUUUUUAGUGAUCAGUAUUCCACAGUAUUUACAAAUUAUUCAAACCCGUCAGGAUUGCCACCCCGAAUGCAGCACUGACUGAUAAAAAUACUGAUUGCACAAAUUAACUGCUGUCAAACUGCAGCCCCUGGUGUUUUGUAAUUUUCUCUCUUUCUGUGCAAUCAAAAUUAUUGUGAAACCUGCUGCUGCUAUAAACAUUCACAAACUAAUCUAACCGUUUAUGCAAACAACGAGAUGCUUUUAUUUUGAAGUCGCUGCUGGAGUUGAUUGAAAACUAUAGAAAUGGUCCUCUUUUAGAUUCAGUCAAUGGAUGAAUGCCCCCUUUGGAUCAAUAUCUCUGAGAAGCAUGAGGGAAAGCAGAUGCAAGCGAACUCUUUCAUGAAACUCCUGUUAUUCCCGUUGUACUCUAUAGAAAUCACAUCUGGAUAUGCGUUAUUUUUGGACUCUUUUUCUGGCAAUACAGAUAACAAAAUACUCAUUGUCUCAUAUUUAGAUAAUGUUGUGCUUCCUCAGCUUACAUAACCAGAACAAAAUACUGCAAAAUAUUUUUUUCAUUUCAUAUAGAUAUUAAAGGCCAAAUGAGCAGGGUGCACCCAGAUCUAAUGUAAAACACCCACACUCAAUAUUAGUAAAGAGACUUUGGCCUGCUAACACGGCCCGCAGUGGGGCCUUAGCUAAGUUACUAUGUAAAUAUCAGUAGACUCUUUCAACAGAUGUAAUCAGUCCUCAGAAGAAGAUCACUGUGUCCUCCCCUGAAAACCAGUCCUAUCCUGGGCUCUUGCAGAUAGCAUCGAUUCUUCCUCUUUUCUGGGUUUUUAUGUCACCAUUAGCCUGAGUUCAGCACAUUCACCGGUGUGCUGGAGUGUGUAUGCAUUACUCACCGACUCUCCAUCCUCUUUUUCUAGUUCAUUUUCUCUUUUCUUCAGUCCAUUUUUCUGCCAUUUUCUCUCUUCUCUGCUGGUUUUUCUUCUUCCUAUCUCUGUAUCAACCCCUCAUGAAAACACAUGAUCGUGCCUUUGUUCUUGCCUGUAAAACAAACCAGAAAAAGUCAUACACAAAACUUAAAUUUAGAUCUGUUAUAACGUUUCCUUUCCCUAGGUGCCUGUCCCUUAUCAAGGUGCCUGUCCCUUCGCCGUUUCGGGAUGCUUCAUCAUCCCUUGAUCACAUUUACCCAGUGUCUGUCUGUGCAAACACAGCCUCCACAAACAGCAGAUCUGCAUAUCUCUUCACUCAGAGCCCUCCCAAGCUGCCGGAGACAGAUGAUGUCAGAAAGAGGAGAAACUUUGAUGGUAAGUGAAAAGGGUGGACUGAUAGUAUUGUAGUGAAAAAUGAGAAAUAGCAGAGAGGAACUGGGGGAUGUGUUUGUGAGGCAGGAUAAGGUGAGGGAAGUAUGAUGGAUGACAAGAGGGAGAAUAACAGAGAAGUGAGUUUGGGGGAAAAGUAGCAGACAGGGACUGUAGAUUAAAAUUAGAGAGGGAGUGACAGAGGUGAAAUUAAUGAAAGAAACAGAGGAAUGGAGUAAAAAAAUAUGGGAUAAGAAUUCAGUAAAAAAACUUAAAUAAACAGAUCUGAUGGCUUGUGUGGUUCAGGGUCCAUUUCUUGAGGUUUUUCUUGUAAAUAGGCACUGUUGUUGAUGAAGAACACCCCUGUGGAGUGUUGCGUUGUGCUUUUGUGUGCCUCUGCGGGCAUCUUGGCACUUUUUCUGUUCAGUAAUCUGAGCACAUCCAAGUUAUCCUCAUGCAUACUUGAGAAAGGAGGCAAACAACUGAGGCACACCUUACCAUGAAGUAAAACAAAUAAAGAAAAUAUACAAAAACUACUUUUCAUUCCUGAUAAAGCCAUGCAAAAGCUGUGAAACGCUGAAUAAUGGCACUAACUGCAAUGUUUCAAUAAUCAUUCACUGACUGUAGCUUUUGCAGACAGAAACAGUGAAAAAAAAAGUAUUUCAGUUAGUCUACAUAAACGUAUCAUUUCUCCUCUUCUCUCUUUCAUAAUCAGUGAAACAUUGAACCAAUCUGGCUGUGACAUCUUCUCAGUCCUGCACCAACUUUAUCCAAUUACUCUGUUCAUUCGCCUCCAUGCUGUUCUCAUAUAAAUAUUUCACCUCCUCUAUUUGUCACAUGUCUUGGAGGAUAAAUUAAGUACUCUCCUCAUCUGCCUCUUGCCGUGAAAACUCAUAAAUUCACGGUACAAAAAUGCAAGACUCAGGUGACCUCUAAUGACCAACUCUCAGGCGAGUAAUUGUUUCCAGGGUGUUAAUAUCCAUAUCAUUAUUAAGUUCAUGGAGGUACGUUCUCAUGCGACAAAAUAACAAGGCUGGUGUGGUAUACUUUCCUCAGACAAGCCUCAAUAUGAAAACACUGAAGUGCUCUAAAUGUAAAUGCAUGUAAUUAAUGUCAUUUUGACUAACCUUUUCAGGUUUAUUAUGGUUCAACUGCAGCUCUUCAUCCAGACCAGUACCAUGUUCCUCCAUGUGGGUCCUGGAGACAGCAGGAGGUCACGUCUCUGCAUGGUUCUCAGCCCCCUGCGAGGAGUCCUUCAUUAUUUUCCCACUGCCACUCCAUAAUAUCCGCACAUUCCUCCAGCAUUCCUUGCAGCCCUCCCCUGUACAGACACUUGAUCACAUUACUCCUCCUCACAUGUACCCCAUUUUUAAAUGAGACUGUAUAAGUCUGAUCACAUGAACUUUAAGUGAAUAACUGCUCAGUUUUCUUUUUUAAACACCUUACAUACAUGAAAGCUGUUAAGCCUUGGGUCAGGCCUGGUUUUUCCCUUCAACGCUCUGAUCAGAACCAAGUUGCUAAUGGGACACAGCCAUUUAGACUCAUGGCUCUCUCAGCACUCCUUUCAUAUGGCGCUGUAAACUGGAUUGUAAAACAAAUCUUUCCUGUAAAUCUGUCGUUUGAGAAACAGUCUGGCUUUCAAACAGAGCUGUAAUCCUGUGUGUUCACUACCCACACCCCGGUGGAAUUAUCAAUGAUUAUUGAUGCAAAAGACACUCUUCACAAGAGCAUUAUUCACAGCAGCUAAUGUAACAAGUGUGGGCUUAGCAUGUGACAGGAUGUCAAGACCGGUCAUGCAUACAUGCAUGUUUUACAAGGUGGCAACAGUGAAAGACAUUUUCUUUCUGGAGGCAUCUGAAUAAAAAGAACACAUUAUUUUUCACUGCAAGACUAUUUGACAGUAGUAAUAUAUGACACCUAGUCUCGAGGGCAAGUACACUUGUCUAUGCGUAUGGCAUUUGUAUUUCUGUUGCAGUCUUAUCAGGUCAAACUAAUUUUCAUUUUAAUGUUUGAAUGAAUUCAAAUAAUGGAGUAAAUGUGCUUUCGCAACUUCUUCCUGAUGGGAAAAUCUAAAUUCAGGUCCUCAGAAAUGAAGGGGAUUUCAAAUUGACAUGCACGUGAUAUCAGGGCUCUCAAGUCUCACGCAUUGGGCAUGUGACACACGCAUUCCCACCCGUUCACACGCCACAAAUUGUAUUUCUCACGCAUUUAGAUUACCACGGUGACGUCCCCCAAGUUGCACCCUUUUUUACAAUGGAACAGGUAGGAAUCAAGUGAGUUCCCAGAGAGUUCAGAAGCUGUGUGCCACGUGCAAGCCAAUCAAAUAAAGUAGCAUUGCUGUAUCUGGGUAGAUUUUUGAUAUUUAGCCAAAGUACAAAAGAAGACGGACACUCGCCAAAAUGAAGCAUGUUUCAUAAGGACGAAAAAGACCUGAUAAUUACAACAAGUCAGUAACCUACACCUGCAGAGGCCUCAACAUCUCAUAUGAGACUCAUGUGAUAAACUAAAGCCCUAUGCAAUUGCUAUCAGCUGCAUUGAUGGAUUUGGCAUCUGUACAGCCAUUUCCAGACAUUUUUCCCCUCCACAUAAGCAGCAAUUCUCAAUUGAUUUGCAUUUAUCAUAUAUUCUUUUUAAAGUUAUGAUACUCAUGACAAUGUAAUGCUAAUGUACCAAAAGAUUAAGUAUCUCAUUGUUUGUGAAACUUAUACUGAAGUACAAUUCAUGUAAAUGCCCCACAGCCCUCAUUUUAACAACUCUCCUCCACAACAGGUAACUUUAAAUAAAUUUAUAACUUCAUUCUCAUAAGUAAUCUUGAAGUUUUAAAGAUGUUUUUUUUCUUAAUGUGGCCCUUAUAGUCCGUUGUCUUUAUUAGAUUAAUAUACAUUAUCUUCAAUACUCUUCACCCUUGCCCCCCACAAUCUCACUCCAAGCUUAGUUCCAAACUUGUGAGCCCUGUGGUAUGAUACCAGCUGUGCCACUGCACUACUGUAAGAAAAACGACAAUAGAGAUCAUACUGUGGCUUUAGAAAAUUACUAAUUGUCAACACGUGAUUUGUGACAGGCUGGAGUGAGCUGGCAUCAGCUAACAGUACAGUGCUGUCAUAUUUAGCAUAGCCUACACGCUUCAGGAGUAAGUAGUUUAAAACAGUGCAUUACCUCGAAAAAGUUACAACAUGUUUGCUGUGCUGCCGGGAUUUGAACGAUACAUCUGGUCGGUCUUUCUGCUGUUAAGGACUAACAGGGCAGUAAGCUAGCUGUAGACAGUCGGAACUUGAGUUAGCUAAGCGUCUAACAAGGGCCGGUAGAAAUGUAGCGUGUUCACAGUUCACGCCAUAACAGUCAAUGCUCUGUCAACAGGUGUUGUGCCGUAGAAUGCACCCCUGAAAUGGAAUGCACCCCCUGACUGGAGCGCGGUUGAAAGUAAAUAACAAGGCGAAAUGAACCAAGUUUUCCUUACCGUUGGAUGGAUUCAAAAAGCGUGAUUUCAUUCAGGCUAUUCAGAUAACCCGAAAACAAUAGCCCUCUGAUUCGGUACAUUUGCUGUCCGGAAAAUAUAUUGUUCUCUACCUUAACAGCUUACUGUACAGUUUAUAUACCCAAGUGCACCUCUACGUGCAUUUUUGAGAGACAUAAAAAACAGAACGAAAGUUUGCUGCUCCAUUUGACAUGUUGUCAUGAUCCAAUACUCGUGUUUUUUGUUUUUUAAUUAUGACAUAAUUUUCUUCCACUUUAAGAAGCUAACAAGUGGAUGGGAUGCAGGGGAUGCAUUUUACGGCACAACACCUGUUACUACCGGGAGCCAAUUAGUGGGGUAGCAGGGCACGUGAACUCCACACCUGCGCAGAGGAGGGGCUGCUGUUGUCAACGGAAGUAGCUCAGAGAUGAAUAUUAUUUACAUUUAUUAAAAUGAAGCUUGCUAACUAAAGCAAGGGAUGAAUAAAAUCUUUGGCUUAACCAUUGUGACUUAAUCACACUAAUGUGGUGUAAAUAUGUAGCUGCACUUACUUUAAAGAUUCCUUCGUGUUUUAGUUUAAAACUUAUUUUUUUCAUGCCAUUAUCGAUGUAAUUUGGUGAUAGCAACUGCAACUUCAUAUUAAUCUAAUCUAUGUUCUGUGGAAAAUGUCAACCCAACCCAAUGGAAAAGGCAGGAUAUCUAGUGGAUAGGAAAACACAAUACCUGGAUGCUAAGAAGUAUUCUAGGAAAAAUUACUAAAUAAAAUGCUCACAUUUUCUUCGAAAUGUGUUAUCAAAUAUCGAAAAUAAAUAUUGAAAAAGCUAAAAAAAAUCAUAUUGACUCCAAAGUUUCCUUAUUAUCCAUGUAUUUUGUUUCUUUCAUUUCCUCAUGUACAAAGGCCAAGAAAAUGGACUUAGAUUUAUGAAUGAGUGGAGGACCACUCCUUCGGAAAUUCCUUGGCAUUGUAUGAUUUAAUGUCAUGCAUCAAAAGGGCCUCCAGGUAACACAGAACAAUCAGGAAUUUUGGACUUUGAUACUCCUGUGUAACAAAGCUUCUUUUCAUUUCCUUUUAUAAUAUUCUACCAUGUCAAGCAUUUUAGCUACAAUGAAUAACUAGACAGAUCGAUAAAUAACUAAACUUAAAACAUUCCAGUAAAGUCAUCUUUUCUACAGGCUGUGCUCCAUCAUGCCAACAAUAAAAAAAGCACUCAAACUUUCACCAGCAAUAUGUUUUUAGUGUCAGUAAUGUAAUCCAAAUCCCUUCUGGUAUGAGGCUGAAAGGAUGUGUGUAGUACGAGGGUGAGGCCCCCCUGUAUUGACCCCCUCCUCACCCAUGUUCUGCAGAAUUGGACAGCAGCAAGCUUCCCUGAAUCCUUAAUCAGAGCCAAUCAAUGAUUCACCUGCUACCAGCACGCUCAUUCAUUCUGAGACACACACAUGUAUCCAACAUGCUCACACACUAAUGCACCAAAUAGUUUAGUUGUCAUUCAUGCUGUGACCUAGAAAUGUGUCCUCUCUCUUUAAGACUUAGUAUUCAGGUGAUCCUGGAAGAACAGAAAUAAGAAAUUAGAGUUAACAGGACAGACAAACGAAAAAAUCAAACAACUUUAUAGGGGUAGUAUGAUUUCAGUUUAGCCUUAUAGAAAGGCAGGGAGAUGGAGGGAAGGAGAGAGUGAGUUGGAAAGGUGGAAUGGCACCCAAGGGAGUCCUGGAACAUUCGCAGCAGCGCUCAUCCAUCUCCAGGACAUGGGGGGGGGGGGGGGGGGGGGGGGGUCUGCUCAUAGCAUGCCAAGUAGAGCAAACACGACAGAGAAAGAAUUCUACAUGUAAUGCUGGCAACUUCUUGUGACCACGCAGCCAACACACGCACACACACGCACAACGAUGCACACAAAUCCUUUAAAUCUUCUCAAUCACACCUCACACUGCACACCAAUUCUUAUCCCACUGAUCCAGUUGGAAUAGGAGCUCAUGCAGCCAGGGCCACAUUUCUCUUGGACAGACCAUUUUGAAGUGGUGACAUAGUUGAACUGUACACAGCCUUGCUGAGACACAAACAUCUGAAAGUCUGUUUCCUUUACUGAUUAGAUAAUGUCUCUCUUUUGGCAUGUAAAUAAUUAUAAUGAUGCACACUGCAUUGAAAAACAUAGAGCUGUUAGAUAAAUACAUGGACUGAUUUGCAGGUUGACUUAAGUCUUGCUCUCUCUUGCAUCACAUGCUGGGCUCACAUCAUUACUAUGGUAUCAAACUGGAGUACAGCAGAAAGACUUGAUGGUUGAGAUAGAUCAUCAUCAGCAACCCUUCCUCCUCUGUGAUAAGAAUGUGGGGCAUCAUGUGACAAUAGAUGUUAUUUAGAGUGAGAGCUUGCAACAGCAACAACUUAUAAGAGUAAGACCCUAGACAUAGACAUGAUACUCCACUAUGUGUCAGAGCUAAUGUUCACAUGCUGGUUUGAUGCCAGCAGCUAAAAACUGGCUUGCACGAUGGUUUGCCACUUCAUUGCAACCUAGUUCUAGUGGGGGCUUUUUGUGUGGACAAAAACAUAGUAUAUCAUACCCUGGAGCAUGGAUCAUGACUUUCUGAACCACCAGAAAGUCAUUAUACCAAACAAGCCACUCUAAAUGGCAGACAGAUUUGGCAGGAUGCAAAAACCUGUUUUAGGAUUGGUUGUUUUUCCACUUCUAAUCUUUUGGAGAAGAAAUGCAAAGUAUCUUUUAACAACUGAAUGCAAACCUAGACUUUAAAACACCAUAACAUUUUUAAAAGGAAAAAAAAGUAAGUCUGCAAGGAAUGUGGGUUUGCACAGUGAGUACAGCUUCCUCAUAAAAAUAUAGAAUCUGCACUUUGGGUCUGGAUUUUCAGUGUAGGAACUGCUAUGAUUUCAGUUUACCAUGUGUACUGUAUGUUUGUAUCCUGACUUGUAUCAACCAAUCAUGGUUCAGCAGGCUUUGGUAUAUGUAGAAAACUUUUAGAUAGGACAGGAUGCGCACAGCUAUAUUAACAUCCUGGGUCCCAUCUGCAGUCAUCUGAUUAUGUUUGUAUUUUUUGAUAUCUGUACACAGGAAGCUGUUGAAUCAUUCUUGAUUACAAAAUAGAACCGGAGCAACAAAUCUGGUCAUCAGCCUUUCAGCAGUUGACUAAAUAGUAACAUUUUAAAUGAAUAAAGUAUAUCUAAUUUAUGUCUCCAUCAAGCUUUCUCAAUUGUCUUUCAUUGUCUUGUCAGAGAUGGAUGUGUUCGCAGAGCUCUACCUGAUCUUUAACCUACCUUUGCUAACAUGAUCCUGACAAUGAAAGGUAGGUAAUGAAAGUCCUCCUCAACUGCAGGCCUCAGAGAACCUCCAAGAGUGCCAAAGCAAACGGUGUGCCGCUCUAGCUGAAUAAAGUCUAGUUGAAUACAUGUAGGAUUGUGGAGGGAUUUGGGUUGAUUGCACAGCUGAAUGACUGUUUCGCAUUAUUGCAUUCCUACUGGGUGCUGUUCAUCCGCAUCCACGAUGAUUUGCCAUAGGGAGCUGUCUGCUCAGGGCAGGACAGCUUCAACAAUCUUAAACUUUUACUGGGGUUUGCUUACGUGAAGGAUUUUUACUUGCAUGUUAAUUUUGCAAUUCUGAAGUCAAAAACAAACUGUUGUAAGGACCUCGAAACUGUUUCCUCACAAUCAGACAGCCAAUGACAACAAACUCAACCAAGUAUAACAACUCUAAGCAGUGUUUACCAGCUCACUGCCAGCUGCACAAUGCGUGAUAGGUAACAGAUCUGACAAGUGAGGCCAAUCAGUGAACAGAGAGCAAAAAGAAGUUUUUAUGUCCCUGUUGCACAUUUGAUCUCUGUCAAGGCUCCUCUUGAUGGUCUGUCAUGUUGAAAAUUUGUUUAAUUAGACUCAAUUUGUCAGCUUAGGAGCUCAUUGAACAUAAUGCUAAUUGGCUAGCAGAGCAGGGCGAAAAUUGGCAGUGACAGCUUGCAUUAGACUAUUGAGAAGAAGGCACAGGGAGCCUCAUAGAGAGGGAAUGGAUACAGUUGACAGCUGAAACUCAAGAAGGAGACCUUUAGAUCACAGGAGCCGCAGGUCCUUCCUUGGUUUCCCCUUUACCUCACCUGAUUGUUCCUCAUCUAGAAGCUAUUUCCAGUGCUCCUACUUUGGCUCCUUCCUCUUCAAGUGUGUCACCCUGAUCUCCAAGAGCUGAAGAGGUAAGACGAUCUAGAGGCGAUGUCACCCUGCUGCAACACCAUCGGGUUUACUCCAAGGAACAUCUGUCAGAAAAUUCAUCUUAACACUCUUUAACAGUAUAUAAUGCUGCUCUGGUUUAUCUGCAUGUGUGAAUUAGAUGUAGAUCUUCUUUUUGCCCGGGCAGAUUUUUUUUUCAUUGUGUGAGGGUGUGUGUUUUAGAGAGAGGACAUUUUCGUGUGGAUUCAUCCAAGCCAGUGGGACAGAAGCGCUGAUGUGUGCUAGUGUUUAAAAUAGACCAGACAGACAGCUGAGCAGCUGUGACCUCAGGUCCCCCGAAAUCUCAGUUACACUCACUGACCACUCUGCUCCUUGCUAUGUGUGCAUGUGUUUGUACAGUAUGAAAAACUAACUCAUCCAUACGCUUAAAAUGUCUUUGUAAAGCUGACCUAUGAAAGCACAGCACAGCUGAAAGUAAUCUUCAGCCUAACUCUCUUUCAGCAUCUGAGCUUCCUUCCAUUAUUUCUAUAUUUUAGAGUCAUCCUCAGCUUCCUGCAUCAGCCAGCGCAGGUUAUUAAAGGACGACAGACGGCUUUGGUUUUGUCAGGCAGGGACAAUGCAGUCCAAUUACAGCUGGGGCAAAGAAGACGAAGCACGAUAUAUCCUCAGACUGGGCUCUCUUUCUGUGCACGCCUGCAGCCAGCCAGACACUCAGUCUCACAGCAACAAGCAUGAAAUAGACUCCUAG